AUGGUUUUCUUCACGGUCGUUUUUAUUGUCCUAUUCGUAUGGGCAUUACGAAUUAAUAUCUCCACAAAAUAUCGUCGCAAACAUACAGAUCACAUUCCCGGGCCCUAUGUUGUUCCAAUUUUGGGUUGUGUGACCAAUGUAGCAACGGUUAUGCCUUCAAAGGCUAUGGAAAUAGCAUGUGAAUUUCAACGACUCUAUGGAAAUACAAUGAAAGGCUGGAUAUUGGAUCGUCUGUUUAUAGUGACGUCAGAUGUUGAAUUGGUCGAGCAACUUCUCGCUCAUCCCACCCAGAUUGGUAAAUCAAGUGUAUAUAACAUUCUAAAACCAUGGCUUAGAACUGGUCUCCUACUAAGCGAUUCAAGGAAAUGGCAUGCCCGCCGUAAAAUAAUAAGACCCACAUUCAGUUUUUCUAUAUUGGAACAGUUUUUAGAAGUUUUCGAUAGACAAUCUACGGUGUUGGUUAAUUGUUUAUUGGAGAAAGCCGAUGGUGUGUCAGCUUUUGAUAUUUUGCCUUAUAUUUGUCCAGCCACCUUGGAUAUAAUAACGGAAUCAGCAAUGGGUGUUAAUGUCCAUGCUCAGACAGAUAAAUCUAUGCCAUAUACAAUGGCUGUAAAAGAGUUGACCGAAUUGAUAGUGUGGCGUUGUAUACGAGGCUAUCUGCACCAUGAAACCAUAUUUUCAAUUUUAAGUCCACUGAAGAAAUUACGACAGACUAAACUCAUCAAAUUGAUGCACAAUUUUACAAGAAAUGUUAUCGAGGAACGACGAAAAUUACUGGAUAUGCAAUUAAAAUCCGAAAAAAAUACCGGACAAAAUGAUGAUCCCGAUGACAUUGGUGAAAAGAAACAUAUGGCUCUGCUGGAUGUCCUCUUGCUAGCAACAAUUGAUGGCCGACCAUUGUCAAUUGAUGAUAUAUGUGAGGAAGUGGACACAUUUUUGUAUGGGGGCCAUGAUACAAUAACGACUUCUCUAAGUUUUACUCUGUAUCUUGUCUCACGACAUCCUGAAGUACAAAAAAUGCUGCUAUCUGAAAUAUAUACAGUUUAUGGAGAAUCGAAUAUCGAGCCGUUUACAAUGACCACAUUAAAUGAAUUGAAAUAUAUGGAAUGUGUAAUAAAGGAGUCAUUGCGUCUAUAUCCACCAGUGCCACUAAUUGGACGUGAAAUUACCGAAGAUUUCCCUUACACUCACUCCAAUUUGGGUAAUGGCAUUAUCCCAGCUUCUACACAAGUCUUCAUUUCAAUUUACCAUACAAUGAGAGAUCCUAAGACUUACGACAAUUCUACAGAAUUUAUACCAGAUAGACACACAGAAUCGCCUGCCUCUAAUCCAUUUAGUUACAUACCAUUUAGUGCUGGUCCUCGAAAUUGUAUUGGCCAACGCUUUACAAUGUUGGAAAUGAAAAUUGUUCUUUGUAAGGUUCUUCGUGAGUACGAGUUGUUGCCUAUAGGUCAAGAUAUUAAACCUAUGCUUGGGAUGGUACUACGUUCGGAAACUGGUAUGCAACUAGGAAUAAAAAAACGUGUCUCUACUUAA